UUUGUUUUGCUUACUCAUCACACGAAAAACAACUUGUGCUCGACGGUUGUGCCGCGAUACAUACACGCCAUCAAAGGCUAACCGGUUGUUAAGUGAAUAAUACCACACACAUACACACACAGAAAAAACGCGGGGUACACAGUGACAUUCAGUGGCGAGGGAUGCAGGAGUUGACCCUAACAUUAACCAACGUCGUCGGAUCAGCAUCAGCGGUUAAUUGACGACGAUCGAAUGAGUGAGAUCUGCGUCGUGGCUCCUUUGCCGAAGAUCGGCAUGGAUUUUUCCAUGAAAGUGACUGCAGAGACGGGCCAUCCUGAUCAUCAGCACCAAGACGACGGCGACACCUCCAUCGAGAGCCAAGCGGACGUUGCAUCAGCGACGGUUGCCGAUCGACAACUGCAGCAGCAGCCAGGGACCCCUGGCGCCAGUUACACCUGUCCAGCCUGCCCGGUCGUCCUGACGAGCCCACGCGAACUGACAAACCACCUGCGAGGCCACAACUCGCCCCGGCACACGGGAGGUGUUGGCACGACCUCGGACGGCGGCAGCGGGGCCGAGGACGCGGAUUACGUCUGCGGCGUCUGCCAGAAGCAGCUGAGCUCGGCCAGCUCGCUCGACCGGCACGUGCUCGUCCACUCGGGCGAGAGGCCCUUCCGGUGCGUCCACUGCGACAUGUCGUUCACUACCAACGGCAACAUGAACCGGCACGUGAGAACGGCCCACGGCUCCUUGUCCCCCGGCUGCCACAGUUGGACCGACUCCGAGGGCGGAAGAGCCGGCGGCAACGCCCACAGCGACGACAGCGGCAACGAGAGGCCCCCGUUCAACGGCAGUUCCUCGUCGACGAGCGUCAUGGACGCGUACAAUAACAACGAGACCAAGGAACGGCUCAGCAAGCGCAAGCGCUACGACAAUUACGAGGAGCCAAGGGAACGGGCUCGCCCUCGGGAUACCAUAGAGGUCGACGAUGACGAGGAGGAGGAUGAGGAGGAGGAGGAUGAUGGGCUGGACCGGACACCGAGUAGCGGUAAACGCAAGCUGCACUCGUACUACAAUGGGCCUGAUGCUCCUCUUGGUGCUUCGCCGUCAUGCAACACGGUCGUGGGUUUCGGGGACCUCGUCCACCUGGACAUUACCUCGAGAAACUUUCCGGUUAUUGCGCGCUAUGAGUGCGAGAAGACGCUACACAGGCCGGUCUCCGGCGAACUCGCCAGGUACCUCUGUCCCAAGUGUCCCAGGGCGUUUCCGUGCCAGUCGGCGCUCGACGAUCACGUGAUCGAUUGCCUCGCGUCGACCACGUCACCGGACAAACGGCUCUACGGUGUUCACUGUAGAACUCCGACUGCCACGGCAGCUACUACCGCCCACAACAACGGCUACGGUAACAUCGCUGCUACCGGGCAGGAGGACUUUUUCGCCAUGCUGAACUUGCAAAACAAGUCCGCGAACGCGGCUACGGGUACGGUUGGCGUUGCUGAGAGCAACAACAACAACAAGAACAACAACAACAAUUGCCAAGGAGAGCUGGCCGACAUCCAGAGCAUACUGAACGUGACGGCGCACACCUCGAGUAUGCUGCAGCUGCGCGCAAAAGCCGGGACGCCCGACAAUUGUCCGGUGAGGCAGCGAGGAUCGUCCCAGGCUUCGGGCUCCUCGGGCUCGUCAAGCACGCCCCAAUCCAACAACGACCAUGGCAACGAGGAGGAGGAUCAGGACGUCUUUGCCGCCGAGUUUCGCAAAAUGAAGCUCAAGGGUGAGUUUCCCUGCCGGCUGUGCAACAGUAUAUACCCGAAUUUGCGGGCCCUCAAGGGCCACAGCCGAAUUCACGUCAACACGAUACCCGGCAAGCCGUUCCCGUGCAACAUAUGCACGUACGAUUGCGUCGACAAGAACGCCCUGAUGAAGCACAUGAAGUCUCACAACGGACCGAGACCGUAUCAGUGCUCGAUGUGCAACUACUCGUUCACGACAAAGGCCAAUUGCGAGAGGCACGUGAGGAACAGGCAUGGCAAGUUGAACCGCGAGGAGGUCAAGAGCGUGCUCAUCUACCACCCGAGCGAGGACUCGGCCAACGACCAGGUCGACUCGAUGACUACGACCUCUUACUCGCCUCGCGCGGCAGACGCUGUUCCCCGGGACGAGGUGCGCAAGGUCCUCGAGUACCAAAACGACGUUCGCGAUCAGCCGCAACAGAUCCAACAGCCAGUGCUGAUGACGGGGGUGCAGCUGUCGCAGCGUCAGCCCUCUGUCGUGCACCUGCAACACGAGAGCCGGUACAGUGGCGUUGACGUCUUUCAAAGGCCACCGAGCAUACAUCGGCCCUUUGAGCUUACCUAUAGAGUCGAUGAGCUGUUGCAGCGCCAAAAUAACCAGCCGAACGACGCCGAUGUCGACGACGACGAGGACAAUGACAACGGCGAUAACGACGACGAAGAAGACGACGAUGCGUAUGCUACGGAUUCGGACGGCAGUUCUUCAUCUCUAGUCAACCAAGCGAGCAAACGCGACUCUGGGAGCUCUCCGCUGCUCGAGAACAUCUCCGCCGAGCCCCUCGACCUUACGGUAGAUCUUACCGUCUUGGAUCUUAGCAAAAAGAGCUCCUCUAACUUGACCAAGUGGCAGAAAGAUUGCACCGACAGCAGCAACAACACUAGCGUUAAAAUCGAAGACAACAACAACACCACUACCGUGAGCGUCAAGCAGCGGCAACAGCAGCAGCGCCACGAGGACAACAUUUACAACUCUCAGAAACAGCAGCAGCAGCAGGAGAUGCUGCUCGCCCAGGCGUACAUGAAGGCAAACCAGAUGACGGCCCAGCCGGCCAUGCUCGAGAGCCUCUACCCGGGAGCGCAGCUGACCUACCCGAGCACUUUUGCUGGCUUUCCAAACGCUGGUAGCCUCCUGCAGCCGUUUGGGGGGCUCUUUAACCCCCAUCACCACCAGCUGUUUGCCGGCAACACACCGGACAUGACGAUCAACGGACCCCUCUACAAGGAGCUAGUGCGUGGCUUACGUACCAGCGGGGGUAGCCUCGUCGAGGCCCCGGCCACGAGCAGCAGCGGCAGCUAUCCACCCUCUUCGGUGAACCAAGCGACAACUGUAACUGUCGUUCCAUCGGCCGGUCCGAGUCCCACGGGUAGUAACAGCAGCAAGUCCACCAUGACCAAUUGCAAGGCAUCGACCGCCUCAAUGGCCACGACGAAGCUGAUCAUGAAGAACGGAGUACUCAUGCAGAAGCAAAAACAGCGACGUUACCGUACAGAGCGGCCAUUUAGGUGCGAACACUGCGGACAUGGGUUCACGUUGCGCAGCAACAUGGAGCGACACGUCAAGCAGCAACACCCCCAGUACUGGUCCCAAAAGCCAAGAGGCACAAACUCGACUCGCGGCAGACCACCGGCGAGUCACCAACGCCACCCGCCCACUCUGCUGCAGAGCUUGAAGCAGCCGGCUCCGCGGCAACUGUACCAGCCGUACCCAACCGUUGCCCAUCAGAUAGAGCAGCAGGCGUCGGAUAGCCUGGACGUCCUGGAGAGACAUUCGACCAUUUCCGAGCAAGUAAAAUUUGCCAUCCUCGCGCAGCAUCAAAAGGCCCACAGUAACGCCAUAAAGGCCGGGGAAAACGACACCACUGAGCAACAGCUCGUGAUCGACGAAGAACACGCAAACGAUCUGCGCACGAGCAGCAAAGCCAUGAGUCUACUUAGAGACAAGCUCGAAGCCAGGUUCGAGCCCCAUGAGAAACAGAUCAACAACAGCUGUAUCAAGCAGGAGAAUCGACAAGAAAAGCCUGAAGAUAAUGAUGUGGACGGCGACAACGAGGGGGACGAAGAGGAGGACGAGGACGAAGUCGGCGAGGUCGGAAAUUGCGCCAAGCGACAAGUCAUAGAUCCGAUGACGAUCGUCAAGACGGAAAUCCAGGCGGUCGCUUGCAAGAAUGAGAACGGGAGUAGCGAAGGCAACGAGGAUCUGUCUAGUAUCUCCGUGAUGCUGAACAAUGCGUCCCACAAUUACCAGCAGAACUUUCACGCGCAAUACAUGAGCGAGGAGGAGGGCCUCGUCGCCCCGCUCAGCGACCACUCGGGCAGCGACUCGGUCAACUCGCUUACAGCCACGCCUACCUUCAAGAAGAAGAAGAUGAAGAAGAAGAAGAAGAAAUCCGCCUACUCGCUGGCCCCGAACCGAGUCAAGUGCCCGUACUGUCAGAGACCCUUCCCCUGGGCCUCCUCUCUGAAUCGUCAUAUUCUGACACACACCGGACAGAAGCCCUACGAGUGCCGCUUCUGUCCCCUGUUCUUCACUACCAAAUCCAACUGUGACCGCCACCUGCUUAGGAAACACAAGAAGCAGGCCACCGAGACUGGGCUCACGCGGGCGGCCAGCGUCUCGUCGCCCGAGCUGCCGCAGGAAUCUUCACCCCCCGUUGACGGCGCUGCUACCAACAACGAACUCACCAACAACAACAGCAGUCAACAAUCCAGUCAACAAGAACAGGUUGUUGUCGUCAACGGAGCCAACGCGUGCGUUACAGCCGCAACCGCAGUUGCCGCCGUUGCUACAAUCAACAACAGCCAGUUCGCCAUGAGGAACGUACCCGAGCGGCCCUACAAAUGCAAAAAGUGUCCCAGUUCGACCUUCUCGACCUUGGACAACCUCAUGAAGCACAAAUCGACGAAGCACGCGGCCAACUCGGCGACAAAUUCUGGCUCAGAAUCGGCAGUAUCGACCGAGCCCCAGCACAGCCCUCAGGACUGCUCUUCAUCGCAGAAGAGCCAGCAGCAACAGGACUCGUGCUGCGAUGAACUCAAAAACAAUCAGAGCGGCUCCGAGAGCCAAUCGUCCGGCGUCUCGGAGACAGCGAUCACAGUCAACAACAACAACAACAACAACGAGAUCAACAGCAUUUCAGCAACAAAGUCCGCUGUUCCCACCAAAAAGACGUCGCCAAGAGCGUCACCGGGUCUGCCGACCAGCGAGACGCCCUUCAAGUGCCACGUAUACAUGUGCGACAGCGGUUUCGCCGACAGACAGGACUGCCUCGACCAUCUAAAAAACUGUCACGAGGAGGCGUACACUAGGCUCGUCGACAGGGGCGCUCUCGAAAAGGAUUACGACGGCAACGACCAGAGCGACGUCGAGGAGACCGCCAGUGCCACAAGACGCGUGCGAGUCGCCGAUUACGCCAAUAGAAAAGUGAUAUGCGCCUUCUGCAUGCGGCGCUUCUGGUCGGCCGAGGAUCUGCGCCGUCACAUGAGGACCCAUACGGGCGAGCGCCCGUACUUCUGCGACGUGUGCGCGCAACGCUUCACCCUGAAGCACAGUAUGCUGCGCCACCGGAAGAAACAUGAUUCGCCCGACUCGGCGAUGUACGUGGGUACGAGCGGCGACGAGGACAGCGCACCCGUCUCGUCCCAGCCGUCCACGGUAGCGCAGCGCCCGUGCCAUCAGCAAGUGAUCAAUUCGUCGUCGACAUCGCUGCCACAGAUGGCGGGCGUGGCCAUGCUGACCUGCGUCGACGCUAGCGAGAAUAACGGCCACAGCGAUCUGAUCUCGAAUCUGCUGGGUAUUGGAGGUAACGUGGUUGACAAGGCCCUGCAAUUGUCCCCCGACGAUGCCGCUAAGCUGCUGGGGAUCAAGGCGAAUCAGGAAUGAGGAUUGCUCAAGCGCAAGCAAGUCUGCGUCCGUGUAAAUUGAGUUUUGUAAAUAUAUAUUUUGAUGAUGUUGAACAUUUGGUGUGGAUUUGGUAUACAAUGUCACACGUUACACAAUAAUGUUAACGUAAUUACAUUAGACUGGUAGAAUUAUCGAAGUCGCACCCCCGAUCACUCAAC